AAAGCAGAGGCAUCAAGGGCCUAUGAAGGACAAACGCGUCGCGCCGCCUCCAAUAAGGCAAUAACGCGUUUGAAGUGCAAAUCACUUCCCUACCCAUCUGUCAUCCAAUCACAUGGCAACUCAGCAUUUCAGUUAGCGCCUCUAAGGUCAUUCUCGUCAUUCAAUAUCAAUUUAAAAAAAAUAAUUGUAUUUACAGCUAAAUGACUACUUAUCAGUAUCUCUGUCUUAAAAUAACUGGGCAACUCCACCAUCUGAUCUCAGCCUCUUUCUGCUCGCUCCCGGCUUGUCAAACUUCUAAGCUCUAACCCUCUCCGAUCUCUCUGGUUUGACUCACUGAGUUUGAUUAUCUGCCCCGCCUGUAAGGUUAGAAUUCUCUGUUCUUUUAUCUUUUUCACUCCCUUCAGCUCAAAUUGGCUUGAAUUCUCUUUCUUUUUCUGCUAAUGGUUGCUUUCCUUGGCUUUCCCUGCAAUCUACUGCUUGCUUUAGCUCCUUGUAAUCUGCUUCUAUAGCCAUUUUUUUUUGUGGAUCUUGUUUCUUGUUCUUUUUUGGGCUCUUUAAUUUUUGAUAUCUCAAAAUUUGAGGUUGAGGUCACUGGGUUCAGCUCAGAUCUUGCUUUUUCGACUUUGCCUUCUCUAUAUCUUUCACCUUUUUGGAUUUGGAUAACGGGUUCAUCCACUUUCAGCUUCGUAUAGAUUGUUAAUUGUGUUUCUAUUGUCAAAUUGGAGUCCAUAGGAAGAAUGGGUAGGUGGUUUCCUGCUUGCGCUCUCGUUUUACUUUGUUUGGCCUCCGUAAUUUUUGUUGCCUUUGCCCAAAAUUAUAUGCCAACCGAUAAAAUCCUCCUAGAUUGUGGAGCAACUUCGGAUGACACCGAUACCGAUGGUCAGAAAUGGACCGCCGAUAAAGGUUCUAAGUUUUUGGCAUCGUCUGCGAAUUCAUCUAUAUCCCCUGCUGCCACUCAAGACCCUGCAGUCUCUCAAGUCCCUUUCAUGACUGCUCGUGUUUUUCGCUCUACUUUUACCUAUAGUUUCCCCUUGGGUGAUGGUCGCAAAUUUGUCCGUCUGUAUUUCUAUCCUUCUUCCUACGCUGGGCUUAAUGCAUCUGAUGCUCUCUUUUCCGUCACAGCUGGGUCUUUUACCCUUCUUAAGAACUUCAGUGUAGCUCAAACAACGGAAGCUUUGAAUUAUGCCUUCAUUGUGAAGGAGUAUUCGAUUAAUGUGGAUGGUGGAAUAUUGAAUAUAACUUUCGGUCCAUCUUCAAAUUCUCCGAAGGCUUAUGCAUUUGUCAAUGGGAUUGAGAUAGUGUCCAUGACUGAUAUUUAUGGUAAUACUGAUGGAACUUUAAUGAUAGUGGGUAACGAUGCUUCAUUCACCAUAGAUAAUAGUACUGCACUUGAGAAUGUUUAUCGGUUAAAUGUGGGUGGGAAUGAAAUCUCGCCAUCAGGGGACACCGGUAUGCUUAGGUCUUGGUCUGAUGACCAGCCAUAUCUUUAUGGAGCUGCAUUUGGUGUUCCAGAGACUGCUGAUCCAAACACGACAAUUAAAAGCCCCGUGCCUCCUUAUGUUGCACCACUUAAUGUCUAUUCUACCUCUAGAUCAAUGGGGCCAAACGCUAACAUCAAUUUGAAUUACAAUUUGACUUGGAUUUUCAGCGUCGACUCUGGUUUCAGUUAUUUGGUUCGGCUCCAUUUUUGUGAAGUUGCUUCAAAUAUAACCAAAAUUAAUCAAAGAGUGUUCAACAUCUUCCUCAAUAAUCAAACUGCUGAGAAUGGAGCUGAUGUGAUUGCCUGGGCAGGUCACAAUGGAGUUCCAGUGCAUAAGGAUUAUGUGGUGCUUGUUCCUGAUGGGAGCCCUCAGCAGGAUAUGUGGCUUGCGCUUCAUCCAAACACUGAUUCAGCUUUGAAGUCCCAGUUUUAUGAUGCAAUUUUAAAUGGUGUGGAGAUAUUCAAAAUUAGCAGCACUGAUGGUAAUCUUGCUGGGCCCAAUCCAAUCCCUGCUCCUAAACAGGAAGUAAUUGACCCUUCAUUGGUGAGACCAUCAUCAGGCUCUGGCCAUUCAAAGAAUCAGAAAGCAAUUAUAGCUGGUGGUGUAAGCGGUGGGGUUGUUCUAGCCCUUGUCAUUGGUUACUGUGUUAUUGCUGCCUCUCGUCGUCAUAGACAAGGGAAGGAGGCAAGUUCAAGUGAUGCGCCAUCUGGGUGGCUGCCUCUUUCUCUGUAUGGAAAUUCUCACUCUGCUGGUUCAGCCAAAACAAACACCACGGGAAGUUAUGCUUCCUCUUUACCUUCAAACCUUUGCCGCCACUUCUCAUUUGCUGAGAUCAAGGCUGCAACCAACAAUUUUGACGAGGCUCUAGUCCUUGGAGUGGGAGGUUUUGGGAAAGUCUACAAGGGUGAAGUUGAUGGUGGAACUACAAAAGUUGCAAUCAAGCGUGGCAAUCCGCUUUCUGAGCAGGGCGUGCAUGAGUUCCAGACUGAAAUUGAAAUGCUCUCAAAACUUCGUCACCGCCACCUUGUUUCGUUGAUCGGGUACUGUGAGGAGAACUGUGAAAUGAUCCUUGUUUAUGAUUACAUGGCAUAUGGGACACUGCGUGAGCAUCUAUACAAAACCCAAAAGCCUCCAUUGCCUUGGAAGCAAAGGCUUGAGAUAUGCAUUGGUGCAGCUCGUGGUUUACACUAUCUCCACACUGGUGCCAAACACACCAUUAUCCACAGAGAUGUCAAGACAACCAACAUCCUUUUGGAUGAGAAAUGGGUUGCAAAGGUCUCUGAUUUUGGCUUGUCAAAAACAGGUCCUACGCUGGAUAACACCCAUGUUAGCACUGUGGUGAAGGGUAGUUUUGGCUAUCUGGAUCCUGAGUAUUUUAGGCGGCAGCAACUAACUGAUAAAUCAGAUGUCUACUCUUUUGGAGUUGUGCUGUUUGAGAUCCUGUGUGCUCGACCAGCCUUGAACCCGACACUGCCAAAGGAGCAAGUCAGCUUGGCAGAGUGGGCUGCUCAUUGCCACAAGAAAGGCAUUCUUGAUCAGAUUGUUGACCCCUAUCUGAAGGGGAGGAUUGCACCUGAAUGCUUCAAAAAGUUUGCUGAGACUGCAAUGAAAUGUGUGGCUGAUCAGGGCAUUGAGAGGCCAUCAAUGGGAGAUGUGCUGUGGAACCUAGAGUUUGCUUUGCAGCUACAGGAGAGUGCAGAGGAGAGUGGCAAAGGUAUCAGCGUAAUAGAUGAUGAGGAGAUGCCAUUUAACACUGCUUCCAAAGGGAAGAAAGAUCCUGAUGCUGCCCCUGGCUUUGAUGGUAACAUCACAGAUUCAAGGAGCAGCGGAAUGAGCAUGAGCAUAGGCGGCCGGAGCCUUGCUAGUGAAGUCUCUGAUGGGUUGACACCAAGUGCUGUGUUCUCGCAGAUCAUGAACCCAAAAGGUCGUUGAGAUCAAAAGUAUGGACUGCAUUUGCUACUUUACCAAAAUCUGCAAUUUUACAUCCAUUGUCAAUCAUCCAAGAAAUCGAUUUGGCAAUUCAUUUACCCAAUUAUCAUUUUUUUUCCCUUUUUCCAGUGGUAUGGUAUGUUCUUAAGUUAUAAUUUGUAUCUACAAUUACUUUCAUUAUUUGGUAUUGAUAUCAUAUUUCAUACUUAGUUCUUGGCAA